GUGAUGGCGGUGAUGAUGAUGAAACAGGAAGUGACACGUGAGGCUGCCACCCUGCGUGACGACAUCGCCGCCCUCACUGACACCAUGCGUGACUUGGCGGUGAGGGACAAUCUUCUGUGUGGAUGCGACGGUGUUGGUGAUGAUGGCGAUGAUGGUGGUGGUGAUGAUGGUGAUGAUGAUGAUGAUACAGGAAGUGACACGUGAGGCUGCCACCCUCCGUGACGACAUCGCCGCCCUCACUGACACCAUGCGUGACCUAGCAGUGAGGGACAAUCUUCUGCGUGACUCCAAGCGGCGUCUGGACGAGCGGCGACGACUCCGUGCGGCGCUCCAGCGGAACAUCCAGCUCAAGGAGAGCACCAUUGUCGCUCUGCGUGACCGAUCGGUGUCCCUGGAUGAAGAGUUGGCGGCCUCCAAUCGGAGAGUCUUCAAGCUCCACACAGAUGCAGCGCGCAUCCUGCGAAAGUUUGCCGACUCCCUCCAGGUCCUGCUGACGCUGCAGAAGGAGGUGGUGAUGAUGGAGCUGCAGAUUGCUGAGCUCGCUCAGAGCCACGCCGCAUUCAACGCCUCCCUCGCUGAGAGCACGAAGAGCCUGCAGGCCGCUCGGGCCGAGCUGUUGAAGCUCCAGAAUGAUAAGAGAAGUCUCUACAAAGUCUGUAGAGACUUGCUGCUCAAGUCCAAGGAGGUUUGCGGCCUCGGUCCGGAUGACGAAGCUCCACCCGAGAUGCAGCAGGCGUUAGAGGGAGGCCCGGAGACCCUGGAUGAGAUCGACGCAGCCAUCGAAGACGCUCGGACACGUGCAUCACUCCUCAACAUCAACCCCCAGGUGCUGGAGGAGUUUGAGAAUCGCCGCGUGGCCAUCGAGGAGCUCCAGGGGGAGGUGGAGACACUGAGACAGACCCUGGGGGAGCAGCAGAGACACUUAGACACGGUGAAACCGCAGUGGCUGGAGCCCCUUGGUGUCGUCAUUUCCCAGAUCAACGCCAAGUUCAGCUCCUACUUGAAAACCCUCAACUGUGCCGGAGAGGUGGACCUCUUCACUGACAACGAGGAGGACUAUGCCGGCUACGGCUUGAGACUCAGGGUCAAGUUCCGCCUGGAGUCGUCUCUCCACGAGCUCACGGCUCACCACCAGAGCGGUGGUGAGCGUGGAGUAAGCACGGUCCUCUACCUCAUGGCCCUGCAGAGCCUCCAUCAGUGCCCCUUGAGAGUCAUGGAUGAGAUCAACCAGGGCAUGGACGCCACCAACGAGCGGCGAGUUUUUGACAUCGUGGUGGAUACAGCUUGCAGCCAGCACACUGGGCAGUCCUUCUUCAUCACACCCAAGCUUCUCCCCAACCUCAACUUCCGUCCAGAGGUGAAAGUCCACAUUGUGUUCAAUGGUCCAGAGAUGAUCACAAACCCCUCCACCACCACCUCCUCCACCUCCUCGUCCACCACCUCGUCCACCUCCUCCACCUCCUCCUUCUUCUUCGGAUGGGACAGAGACGUCGUUGCUAAGACAUACAAAAAGUGAUUGGGUUCACGGUGGCCGUGUGGGUG